AUGUUGUCAUUCGAACUCUCAAAUCAUGUCGAGGCUGGCCAAGAAGAAGCCAGAAGCCUUGUCGCAAGUCUCAAAGUCAUCCAGCAGACCUUGAGAGAUGCAGGCACAGACGUCAACAUCCUCCGAGACCUCAACGUCUGUGUGUUCAAAGCUCAAGAACUGUCCUCUGAGUCGUUCCUCUUCAUCGAGAAGGAAGCAAAGAAGUUCCCGAGUCCCCCUUAUCCAUCUUUUCCGAGUGAAACAGCUGACAAUGUCAAAUCNAACAGCGCCAGAAAGAUGGCAGACUUCCUCACCAACCGAGCAAUUUCAGAGAUUGUGGAUGGAUUGGUCAAGCAGGUUCACUUGUACUCGCACCACAACAAACUCGCCGUUCUUGUCCUACGACACUACUUCGAUGGACCCUCUGGCGACGCCAAUCGCAAGAUGCUGGAAGACAAACUGAGAGCAACCAGAGAUGUGGGUAGUCUUGGUGACUAUCCCUGGACAUGUGAGUUCGAGGACGUGCUGGUAAAGUACAGACUCGAGGUUGAGAAGCUUGCCGUGGAGUAUGUGGUCGAAGAUGCGAAGGAAAUGUUUGAGCGUGAGGCUCAGGCUUGCUUUGCCAUGGAAGAUGAUUGA